UUAUGCGUCGUCGCUGCCGAUGCACGGACGAUUCUGCGUAUGAUUAUACGCUCUAUGCAAUAGUGAUGUGUGCUUUUGUGCGCAGCUGUGGUGUGUGAUUUAAUGAAGUAUAAGUCGUUAUACCGGCAAGGCUGGCCGUUGUUUCAGUGAUUCGAAAGAAAUUUUCCACACUCGAGAAGAGAGUAUGUAUAGGUAAACACAAGGACAGUCGUGGCUGUGAUAAAGAGCAGAUUUUGAAAAUUCCCUAAAGCAGCGCUUCGCACCAAGAUCUAAACAAAUUUCCCCCUGAAGCUUCGGGGGAGUCUCGAAAGCAAACAAAGAGUCGCAACAGCUUCCGCGAAAGAGCCAAAGCAAAAGCCCCGAGGCGUUACGAGAUAGAUAGAAAGAGCCGGAGGAAGGGGGACAUCGGAUCAUCAUCCGCAUCACACUCGCCGUGACCAGUUUGGUUCUCGCGCUCGAGCCAUGUGUUACUUCAGUCGCGGCUGCUCUUGAGCAGUAUAACUAUUAUCUCGAUGGACACCUCCAUUGUCAUCUCGGAGACUUCGACGCGGGACGACGCGACGGGUUCGCUCGCUGCUGCGCCGUUUCCCGAUCGCAACAUCAGCGACUUCCGUACACAUGGGCCACCACCGAGUUGUUGCAUGUGCUGGGUAGUGGCUGAUGUUGUGGUACUGAUCGUCAUACUGCUUGGCAAUAUCCUGACAAUCCUGGCGGUGAGACUGAGCCGACGUCUGCGUAACGUCACCUCGAACCAACUGAUCCUGAGCCUCGCCAUCUCGGACCUCGUCGUCGGCGUGGCUGUGCUCUAUCAUCUCUUCUUCUUCGUCAAUCGUUUUCUCAGCGCCAACAAGGCCACCUGUUUACUCAGGUUUGCACUGCUGGCCUGUGGCUGUUGCGCGAGUUUCGGCAACGUGACGGCGAUCGCCAUCGAUCGCUAUCUCGCCAUCGUGCACCCGCUCAAGUAUCCGGAGUACGUGACGGACAAGGUUGUCUAUGGAACGAUAGGCUUCGUCUGGAGCUGCGCGAUCUUCAUAUCCACCAUGCCGACUUAUUGGAAUAAUUACGAUGUGAACAAUGGCUGUGAACUUGGAACUGUGGUGCCGAGGUACUUUACAGUAGCGAUAUUGACGCCGAUGUUCCUGACGGUCUGGUUGAGUAUUUUCCUCUUGUACUGGAGAAUAUGGAAGGAGGCAAAGACUCACGCGCAGCGUUGGAAGAGGAACGGCUUCCUCAAUUUUGACUCGAGCCAUUGGAAGAGCAUUCAGGUGGUCUUGUUGAUCCUAGGAUGCUUCUCGAUCUGCUGGCUGCCGUACGUCGUGGUGGCGUUCACUCAGGUGAUAAACGCACGCAAGCAGCCAAGCCCUACGCUCUACCGAGUCAUGUUCUCGAUAGCGAUGAGCAACAGCGGCAUAAACCCUAUUAUCUAUGCUUGGAAGAACCCGAGUUUCCGCCGUGCUUUCCAGCGCCUACUCAGACUGCGAUCGCCGGAUCACAACGACUACAACUCCAGCUUCAAGAACUAUCUGCGUAAGCAGAGCGAGUUAUCGAGACGAGAACUUGAACUCGAAGCUCGCAAUGAACUUGGCCCUGCUUUUGUGUGCAAGGCCGCGGAGGAGAAUGCCACGAUCGGCAGAAUAGGCGAGGUGACUGUGCUUUGAAGACGGGGCGGCUCUGAUACUUAAGAUGGAUAGCGUUGCGACGCGUUAUCGAUGCAGUAUUAAACAUACUCUUGUCACGAUUUAGUGGGAGAUAUUCUGACUGUUAUGAGUAACCGCGUGAAUGUGAUGAAUUGAGAAAAUUUGUGUAAAUAUAUACUGAGCGCGUGAUUACGUUUUUUGUACAUAAAUUCCUCAUGUAAAUAAUUCAAUAAAUAAAGGACAAUGCAAUUUUUUUAAACAGUAAA